AUGCACUUGGGCAUGACGGGAUGGAUCCACAUCAAGGGCGACAAGACAGCCUACACAAACUACUACAAAAAGAUGAAGGACGGCGAGGCAGACGUCUGGCCUCCAAAGUACUGGAAAUUCCAGCUCGAGACCGACGACAACCCUCCCGUCGCAGCCGCCUUUACCGAUCCGCGGCGCUUCGGGCGCGUGCGACUCGUCGACUGCCACGGCGCCGACAUCCGAAAGCACUCGCCGCUGAAGGAGAACGGGCCGGACCCCGUCGUGGACGUCGACAUCUUCACCGAGGCCUACCUCCGCGACAAGAUGCGCACGCGCCACGUCCCCGUCAAGGCCCUGCUGCUGGACCAGUCCCACAUCAGUGGCGUCGGCAACUGGGUCGCCGACGAGGUGCUUUACCAGUCGAGGCUGCACCCGGAGCAGUACUGCGACAGCUUCGACGAGGCCGAGGUCAAGAGGCUGUACGAGGCGGUGCGGUACGUGUGCCAGACGGCCGUCGACAAGCUCGGCGACUCGGACGAGUUCCCGGUAGACUGGUUGUUCAACUACCGCUGGGGCAAGGGGAGCAAGGACGCGGCGUCGGAGCUGCCCAACGGGGAGAAGCUUGCGUUCAUCACGGUCGGCGGGCGGACGAGCUGCUACGCGCCCGGGAGGCAGAAGAAGACGGGCCAGGUCGUGGCAUCAGCCAAGGAGGAGCCUGUCGCGGACGGGGAAGCGAAGCCCAAGGCAGCCGCUCCCAAGAAGACCAACAAGAGGCAAGCGAAGGCGCAGGAGAGCGAGGACGAGAAGCCGGUCAAGAAAGCCCGGGGCGCCAAGGGUCCCGCAAAGGCAAAGGCCAAGGCCAACUCAGGCGUCAAGCGGGAGUCGUCUCCCGAGCCUUCCGAGCCCCCGCGGCCGAGGAGGCCCCGCCGAGCAAGAAACCGCGGGGCUCCAAGGCCGCAGAGAAACCCAAAGCCCCAGCCAGAACCAAGAAGAGCGUUGUCAAGGAGGAGGCGAUGGAGACGCCGGCAGAGGACACGGGUAGCAGACGAAGAUCCCUUCGAUUGA